AUUUGAAUUCAAUCAUCUUCUGCAAUAUAAAUACCGGGCGUUUGCGUACUAAAGUAAUAAUGUUUACGUUUGUUUACUGCUGGGGAUUAAGCGAAGAAGAUGUACGUCACAAGGCCUCUCUCUCUGCUCAGGAAAUUCCCGAAUGCCCUGUCGUCUCCUCCGGAAGGCCCGAACUCGGGCUAUUUGGUGAUCGUAGACGAAGAAGCCGUGAAUACUUGCUGUUUUGGGCGGUGCGAAGAUACCUGGAUCUAUGAACUUCCCUUCCCUCAGGACAAGCACCUCACUAUCGAAUACAGGACCAGCGGAGGAGCUGGCCACAACCACUCGAGCUCAACGACUUACAGAGACGAUGUAGUCUUGAUUCCGGUUCUGAAUCAGCCUCUGUCAUCCAACCGUUAUUACGCAAUUCAGCCACAUGGGAGGCAUAAAGGGGAAGCAUAUGCAAAUUCAAAGCAAGAGGACAUGCCCUCCUUCUUAUGUUUCCACUUGGUUAGAGAUGCAGAUCCGGCGCCGCUUCAUCCCGACGACCCAUAUCAACAUUUCGUGAUUUAUCCCUAUGAAACUAUGUUCGACUCAGGCCGGUUCUACGCCAGAUCCGUUGCACAAGAUGGAUACCCUCCAAGAUUCUUGGAGAGAAAGGGCUGGAAGAUUUAUUGGAAGACCUCAAAGAGCUUCUACUUGGACGACGCACCAGGGAUCGACGGCCCGCGGCGCGAACUCCUUCCAAGCUUUGAGUUCCCAAUCGCACAAGGGAGAUCCGACGCGGUGGUUGUGGGGAAGUGGUACUGUCCAUUCAUGUUUGUCAUGGAUGGGACGGUAGGAGACCAAAUAAAGAAGUCCAUGUACUAUGGGAUGUCACUCGAGCAAAGAUGGGAACGGAUGUACACUCUCGAAAACAAUGGUAAAGAAGGCGAUAGGGUGACUCUGGAUGUGGUUAUGCAAAACGAGGUCAUCUCUGUGGCCGGGAAGGAAGCCGUGGAUGCGAAUGUGGCUGAUGGGGUGUUGUGGUGUCGAAGUGUUGGUGAUAUGAGAGGAGAGAACAGAGUUGGGUUGAGCUUGGCCAUUGUUGAGAGGAUGAAGUGGGAAGAGAAAAGGGUGGGUUGGGUUGAUGGAGAUGAGAAACACGUGAAGGUGAACAGAGUGGAGGAAUUUGGUGGUGUUGGUGAAUGGAAGAGGUUCGGGUGUUAUGUGUUGGUGGAGAGGUUUGUGUUGAGGAGAAUGGAUGGGAGUCUAGUGCUCACUUAUGAUUUCAAGCACACUCAUCAACUGAGGAAUAAAUGGGAAUGAUGAGAAGGAUUGAUUGAUUUGUCAAAGCUUUGUACACAUUGUAUGAGUCAAGUAGCAAAAUUCUAUGUGUUCUGCUCUGCAGUUCUGGUUUCUUCA